AAAUGAUUUUAUUUUUUCAGCUGUUUGAACUAUUCACAAAGAUGGGUUUUCUUUCUGCUUAUUUAUACUUGGAUGUUUGAAUUCAAAUUGUUACUUGUUAGAAAAACAAACAGCUAAUUCGGUGAGCACUUGUUAGCAUUGAAUUGAUUUGAUCCCUUGCUAAAACCACUGCACUGUAGCUACGUGCUCGCGAUCCCUUCCAGAUUCCAUUCCAGCUCGAUCGUGAUCUUGAACAGUUGCUUCCAUGGCCACUGUCGACCUCGAUGGUUCCCAUCGUCGUUCUGGAUAUUUCUGAAAUUCUGCUCUUAAAACCCAUGUCUAAUCACUCAUCACCAAACUAGGUCUUCUUCAAUGGGGCUUCACGUGAUUUGGUUUCUGAAACAGAGGAUUCUGUUCAAUGCUGCUGGAGACUUCCUUUCUUUCUUCUUCAUUUUGCUGCUGCCCUUUCGUUUCCGUUUAUUUUCCUUUAAAUGCUUGCGAUGGCGGAAGAAUCGUAGUUUGGGUUUAAGGGAAGGUUUCUGGGCAUUCUUCAAUGGAGGGCAGGGAUUUGGAGAUUUCUGUGGGGAUUGAGGAGUUGGCUAAGAGAGAAGACAUGGAAGCUCCAAAUAGAGCUCUGCCUUCUUGGUGGAACUUCAUCCGCGAUCUGCCUGGCUUCACUGUGCUUUUUCUCCUCGGCAUUACCAAAGGCGAGCUUCAAUUGCUUCCUUCUUUUUGCUAUUUCUUGUUCUUAUUCUCAUGCUAUGAAACUCACCCAUUUGCUUUUGAACUGUAUGUGAUAUGAUUUAGAUGAUUAUUACAUGAUUGAGGCUUAUCAACAGCUGACUCCCAAUUCUAAUGCCAUAAUGUUUCAGGUAUGGUUUUCUCCCCAUUGACAAGCCUUAUCAUGACAAUGGCAAAUUCUACUGUAAUAGUGGUUCUUUGGCCAAUCCAAACUCUCUGGACAUAUUACUGCAUUCUAAGAGCUGAACAACUUGGUUGGGGCCUCAAGUUCAUUCUAUGCCUUUUUGUACUGCCUGUUCUACUGGUUUUGUGGCCCGAAUUUGGCGCUCUUGUAAGCACCAUAGGAGGAGCGGUCUACGGCUUUCUUUCGCCAAUAUUGGCUACAUUUGAUGCUGCUAGAGAAGAAAAGCCUGAUAGAGUAUUCCACUGUAUGUAUGAUGGAACUUGGAGUACCAUAAAAGGAUCCUUCUUGGUUGUCGGGGAUUUUUGUGAUGUCUGUUUGCAUUCGUUCUUCUCUGCUACGGAAGAACUGCUACAAAAAGGAGAUGGAGGAUAUUAUGAUAUCAGAUUGCUUGAUUUCCUUGGAGCUUCCAUAGUUGGAAUUCUUGGUUCUGUGAUCGAUACACCAGUCAUCUUACUGAUCGCCCUGUAUAAAUGUCCGUUUAUGCUGUUCAAGGGGUGGCGUCGUUUAUUCCACGAUCUUAUCAGCCGUGAAGGCCCGUUCUCGGAGACAAUAUGUGUUCCAUUUGCUGCGCUUGCUAUCUUACUCUGGCCAUUAGCUGUUGUGGGUGCAUUUGUGGGCUCUAUUAUCUCCAGCAUUUUUCUUGGUGCUUAUGCAGGAGUGAUCGUUUAUCAGGAAUCCUCUUUUUGGUUGGGGCUCUGCUAUAUUCUGGCAUCAAUCUCCAUUUACGACGAAUACACCAAUGACGUCCUAGACAUGGCCAAUGGCUCCUGCAUUCCUAGACCAAUUUAUCGGAAGAAGGAUACGCAACCACCGGCUAAGUUACAAGAAUCACAAUCUGUUAGAAGAUUUCCAUCUCUUAAAGAUUUGUACAAGAAUCUCAUGCUUGAGCUGAAACCUUUGGAGCUUCUCGAUCGCCUUUCGAAGGAGUGUAAGCGGCAAGGGGAAAUUAUGGUUUCCAAGGGACUAAUAACGCUUGAAGAUAUUGAAGCUGCGAAAUCGAAAGACACCACAGUUCUUAUCAUUGGCUUACCUGCUUACUGUAUUCUUCAAAUGAUCCUUCGUUCAGCAAAAGCUGAUUCAGUCGGAUUAAUUCUGAGUGAGUUUCAUCUCUCUCCUGAUUUGGUGACUUUGAGCAUACGAAAAGUUUUCAAAUUUUUUCGGGUUUCGGUUGAUUCAGGUGACAACGUUACAGAGAUUACUAGCACAAACAGACCACAAGACAUGUUAUUUGAUUGGUUUCUGAACCCUCUUCUGAUAAUCAAGGAGCAAAUCAAAGUAAUAAAUCUCACUGAGGAAGAGGACUACCUCUCAAGAUUAGUUCUGUUGGGUGAUGAUCCCAUCAGAUUAAAAAAUUCAGACAUCAGCUUCCCACCUGAAUCCAAAUGCAAGAUCGCCGAGCUCAAGGCGUUGGCUCGAAGGCUUCGAGGAAUCACCAGAUCGAUCUCGAGGUAUCCAACAUUCAAACGUCGGUUCAGCAAUCUUGUCGAUGCCGUGUUUGAAGAUCUUGCCAAGAAGAAUGAUAGAACCAGAUCAAGUAGAAGGAAAAUUUCGCACUCACAGAGUGCCAUUGGGAGGUUUCUAAACCAAAUAUCUUUUAAAAACAAAACAGGAAAUGAUGAGACUGAUCAAGAACCAAAUGUAGUUGAAAGAGAUGUGGAAAUCACACCAAAAUAGCUCUUUCUGUUCUCAAGUGUUCAUGAGCGUCUUUGGAAUCUUAACUCUGUUCUUGAAGAUUAACAAUUGGAAGCUGUAUUAUAUUAUGAAUGUUAUUUAGCCAUUAUCUUUUUCUUUAUAAAGUGCCAUUAUGAACAUUAAAUUCUUUGUAUGGGUUGCUUAUUUCAAU